AUGGCAUUAUCACAACCCGCCAAAAGCAAGCCGUUACUCUAUACACGGAAACCCUUUCUCAUUCUCAAGAGGCUUAAAGGUACCUGUACUGAAGAAGGGUGUCAACUUCGAUCAUCUGGUGAUAUGGGUUCGGCUUCUGGUUCAUCCCUUAGGCUAAGUCGAGAUAAUUUUUCAAAAUGGAGAAAGCUGGACUCGAGGAGCUUGGGGAUAACAAGGUCUAUGAUAUCUCUGUCUUCUUGGAUUGUUCUAAAGAUUCUACGGGGUGCAGGAUUUGAAGCCUACUUAGUUGGUGGGUGUGUGAGAGAUUUACUUCUCAAUAAAGUACCAAAAGAUUUUGACGUGAUCACGACAGCUGGACUUAAGCAGAUCCGGAAGAAGUUUCACAGUGCAGUAAUUGUUGGACGCCGAUUUCCUAUAUGUAGGGUCUCUGUUAAAGGCUCUAUAGUUGAGGUAUCAAGUUUCCAAACUGUAGCCGAACAAUCUAAAAGGAAAGAAGUUUGUAUGUCUCAAAUGCCAGCAGAUUGUACUCAAGGAGAUCUUACUCGCUGGAAGAAUUGCUUGCAACGAGACUUCACUAUUAACUGCUUAUUCUUCGAUCCUUUUGUGAAUGGAAUUUUUGAUUACACCAAUGCGAUGACGGAUUUAAGAUCCUUGAAGCUACAGACGGUAAUACCAGCUCACUUAUCGUUCAAAGAGGAUCGUGCUAGAAUAUUGCGGGGUUUGAGACUUGCAGCCCGUCUUAACCUUUCAUUUUCCAAAGAGACCGAGGAUGCCAUACAUAAUCUGUCUUCAUCCAUUGCUGGCUUAGAGAAGUCUAGAGCAUGGUUGGAGUUAAAUUAUAUGCUAUCCUAUGGAGCAGCUGAGCCCUCUCUUCUUUUACUUCAAAAGUUCAAGCUGCUCGAAAUUUUUCUACCAUGUCAUGCAAUGUACCUUGCUAAACAGGCAGGUAAACAACCUGGCCUACGUUCCUCGAUGCUAAUGAGAUUAUUUUUCAAUUUAGAUCAGUUGAUUACUUGUGAUCGGCCUUGUGACGCUAGUUUGUGGGUUGCGCUAUUGGUAUUUCACCUUGCAUUGAUUUAUAAUCCUCAACAAGCUGUUGUGGUUUUGACUCUGGCUUCAGUUCUUUAUCAUGGAAAGUGGAAGGAUAGUUUUAAUUUUGCUAGAGAACAUGCUCCAGACACAUGUAUUUAUGCACCAGAAGUUUUAAACACUUCCGAUUUCUUAUCAGAGAAUGAUAUUGCUGAAAGAGUAGCGCAAUUUGCAGUGCAAGUGCAAAAUUCUGUAGACCUUUUAGUUGACACAGACUGCCUACUGAAAGCAAUGGCCAGUUUCCCAGAGUUUACAUGCUCAGGUCUGGUUUUUGUAUCCAGGAAAAUGGGGCAACAUGUCGAGCAAGUUUUUAACAUCCUCAUGAAAGAUAUUACAUCUUUGAAGACCAACAGAAAUAGCCUGGAGAUUGAUUACCGCUUGCUUGGAGAAGGAAAUGUGCGUGAGAUUAGGUUUGUGCUGGGCAAAAUUAUACUGGACACUCUGGUUUGCUGGGAUGACCAAGACAGAGAAGUAACCGAACGGAAAAAAUUUGAUUCACAAGCAAUUGAUUUUCCACAAGAUAUGGAGUUUGAAAAUAUUCGACAGACAUCAAUUUGUAUUAGGAAAGGUGACUCUAUAAGCAAGGCUGGAAAGAAACGAAGCAUAUCAUUGACUAAUAAUGAGCUCCCACCAGACAACGCUAGUAAAACAAGGUAUUUAGAGGUUAAUAGUGAUACUUAUGUGGACAAUUUGAGUGAAAAUCAGAAGACAGUUGUGUGUAAGCAGCCUAAGGAGAUGGCCGAGACUAAGCAAGACACUAUGGAAGAGAGAGAUUGCCAAGGUGUAGCCGAGAAGCUUCAGAAGGAGUCUAGCAAAGAAAAUGCUCGUUCACAAAAGGAUAGCUUAACCAAUGAUACUGAAAAUGUGGAGAGUUGUGAUUUGCCUCAAGGGGCGAUAAGCAAAAGGCUGGGAAAGUGGCAACACAAAUGGACAGCAAAGAAGCAGAAAGUGGUUGAAAAUGAAGAAUACCGAGAGAGUCCUGAGAAACAUAUAAAGCCUUUUGAGAAGGUGCAUGAUAAGGUUACAAAAAGGCAGGACAUGCCUGUAGAGAAGCAUCACUUACCGAAGGAAAGAAUCAGGCGACAUUCACCUGCUCAUGGGAUGGCUACUGAAGAGAAUGAAAAAGAUAAGCUUGGUGAAGGUGAGAAACAAGGAAGCGGCCGUAAGCUUUCUUCCCUAUUCAAAUGA